CAACAUCAGCCGCAAGCAGUGCACCACUGUUUCAAUUCACUGCUAAAACCCUUUUCGUAGCCGCCAUGGCAGUUCUAAGCCGCCUGAGAGUAGCCGCGCCACCAAUCCGCGCUGCCCUGCUCACUAGGAACCGAGCCUACGGAUCCGCAGCUGCGGUUCAGCUGGACUAUUACGACUAUUACGAUCACCAUGAAUUACAGCAACCUCACCGCAAAGCGACGGCAGCGCAGGAAGAAUCGGACGGUUGGGUGUCUGACAGAGGUGUCCAGUGGGUGAUCAUGGGUGACCCAAUGGCAAAGAGACACGUGUACGCCCAGAGGCUUUCCCAGCUUCUAGACGUCCCCCACAUUUCCAUGGGAACUCUCGUCCGUCAAGAACUCCACCCUCACUCUUCCAUCUACCAGCAGAUAGCUAGUGCUUUAAACCAAGGAAAGCUUGUUCCCGAGCAUGUAAUCUUUGGUCUUCUGUCAAAGAGGCUUGAAGAAGGCUACUGCAGGGGUGAAAGUGGAUUCAUUUUGGAUGGACUACCUCGAACAAGGGUUCAAGCUGAAAUCCUGGACCAAAUUGUUGAUGUAGAUUUGGUCGUGAAUCUUAAGAGCACUGAGGAUUGCUUAGUGAACAGUCAUCUCUCCAAUGGAAUUUACUCUCCUUCUCGAGAAUUUUUUCGGAUGGGCAGAUCCAGAUUUAAUCUGAGUCUACAGUCACAGGCACAGGAUGGUCGCUUAAAGCCUUCCUGUUUCAGUACAGAUACUCUCUGGAAAGACAAACUCCGCAUAUACGCUGAACAGAGCAAGCCAGUGGAAGAUUACUACAGGAAACAGAAGAAGCUUCUCGAGUGUCAAGUGUCAGGGGCAUCUCGAGAAACUUGGCAAGGCAUUUUGGCUGCAUUGCAUCUUCAGCAUGUGAACGCUAUCAGUUCUUCAAAGAAGCUGACUGCAUGAUAUAGCUGAUACCAGUGUCAUGCCAGGCGAAAUAGUAUAUAUGAGUAUGAGUUUAUCAGAAGUUUAUGGGAAUUUUGUGGUGACUAUUGUCCAGUUUUGUUUCAUGAUGAAGGUCUCGUAUUUUUAUAUUGGUAUGUCACUUGUGUUUUUGGCUGACAUGAUUGUGUAAUGCAGUUCUAUGCUAGCAAGAAAAGCUGCCGGAGUUAAAAGCGGAACAUAUGAGCUUUGCAUUUUUUGGCUGUUGUAUAGUAGUAUAGAGUAUCAGUUUGAUCCGUCUUCCCCUGCUUGGUUUCUCUGAUUUAUUGCAUGCUUCUUUUUAGCCUUUAGCUAGUUUGUCUUUGGUACCUCAGCCUGGAUGCCAAGCAUAUAAAAUCAUUCGCUACUUCAUUGCCA